CGUGCAACGAACUACAAGCAGGGCGCGAAUUGAGGCCAAGAGAAAAAAGGGCCGGGUAACCUGUUCAUAUCAACAUUGGGGCCCGAAGCAGCGCUAUUCUAUCCCCUCACAAUGGACUCAUCACUCCCCACCGAGGUCGCCAGCACCAUCCAGGCCGGUCAUAUCAAAAGACAUCCCGACCCCCGGCAGGAUAUUGCGCCAUCCACUGCAGCUGACAAGGCAGAGCUGGUAGACAUUCAUGAGGUGAAGCGCAGUCAUAUCGACGACGAUGAUCAUGAUAUUCCGUAUAGCGUCCUGCGGCCUCCAAAGAAGCACUACAAUCUCCCUCCCCUCCCAGACUUGCGAUUCGAGCAGAGCUAUCUCCGCAGCAUCGAGUCUGCAGAUACGUGGUGGAAAGUAGUGCUCGCUACAAUCAAGAGCCAGGUAUUAAUGCCCCUAGCUCAAGGCGUCUUGCUCAACUUAGCCAUGGCUGGAUGGCAGCAUUGGAACAAGAGCGUCAGGGUAAAUGGCGACUCAGUAGGUGUUCGUUUCAGGAGAUGGUGGUUUGGAGUGAACAACUGGAGCCAGCCCAAUUCCAGGAAACGUAUCUAAAACAAAAGAAUAACAAAUACCCGUCCUACAUGAGUUUGUAUUAAUAUCUUAUCAGUUAUGUGAAGGUCAUUACCCUGUCCCUUUUUGUCUAGUAGUAUAGAUAAAUCAAAUCAAAAACAUUUGGCCUCUAGACCCAUUUUUCCACAUCUGAGAACCCUUUUGUUUGCGCUUCAUAGG